GGAGACUUGUCCUGGGCCGGUGCCAGCUCUGCGCAGUAAUACUCCCUGACAGAGCAGCCUGAGCGGCUCCAGUCUGACUGCCGCCUCGCCCUGUGCUGCCUGUGUUCUUCCCGCUCCUCCUCCUCCUCCUCCUGCUGCUGCUUUCUGUUUCUUCACAUGCACAGGCGACCAGGGGACCAACAGUGACCGGCCAGGGCCACAGCAACACAGAAUUGACUGGGAAAUUCACGAUCUUUCUAUAGCUGCUAUAAGCUUCUACAGAUAGAAGACAAGACUACGCAUAUAAAGGAGCGGUGGGAAACCCCAUUAUAUCCUUUAUUCAGGACAGAGUUGAUUGACAUUGUCAACUCUUAUGCACCCCAGCACCCCUAUCAGUUCCCUCUUCUCCUUCACUAGCCCUGCUGUUAAGCGGCUGCUCGGCUGGAAGCAAGGAGAUGAGGAGGAAAAAUGGGCGGAAAAAGCAGUGGAUUCACUGGUGAAGAAACUGAAGAAGAAGAAAGGUGCCAUGGAGGAGCUAGAGAAGGCACUAAGUUCACCAGGACAGCCAAGUAAAUGCAUCACUAUCCCACGUUCACUAGACGGGAGACUUCAGGUGUCACAUCGCAAGGGUCUACCACAUGUCAUCUACUGCAGGGUCUGGAGGUGGCCCGAUCUUCAGUCACAUCAUGAGUUAAAACCACUUGAAUGCUGCGAGUUCCCUUUUGGCUCAAAACAGAAGGAUGUAUGUAUAAAUCCUUACCAUUACCGUAGAGUGGAAACACCAGUUCUUCCACCCGUACUGGUACCACGACAUAGUGAGUUUAACACAGAUCUCAGUCUGCUUGCCAAGUUCCGAAACACAUCCCUCAACAAUGAACCACUGAUGCCGCACAACGCCACCUUCCCAGAGUCAUUUCAGCAACCACUGUGCCCUCCGUUCUCCUCUUCACCCAACAACAUCUUCCACCACUCGCCAAACACUAUUGGCUAUCCCGAUUCCCCCCGAAGUUCUUCUGAACCAGGAAGCCCAUACCAGAUCACAGAUACCCCUCCACCACCGUACAACCCGCCAGAGGUGCAUGGGAACCAAAACAGAAACUCUGGGGAUUCCACUGACUGUCUGCUAGUGUUACAGGCCACCAACAGAGAAUUCCGCCCUGUAUGUUAUGAAGAACCGCUACACUGGUGUUCGGUGGCUUACUACGAGCUCAACAAUCGCGUGGGGGAGACAUUCCAAGCAUCGUCCCGCAGUGUACUUAUCGAUGGCUUCACCGAUCCCACUAACAAUAAGAACAGGUUUUGUUUAGGACUUCUGUCCAAUGUCAACCGGAACUCAACUAUUGAAAACACCCGCCGCCACAUCGGAAAGGGGGUCCAUCUGUAUUAUGUCGGCGGGGAGGUCUAUGCGGAGUGUCUCAGUGACAGCAGUAUAUUUGUACAAAGCCGUAACUGUAAUUAUCAGCAUGGCUUCCACCCGGCCACCGUCUGCAAGAUUCCCAGCGGCUGCAGCUUGAAGAUAUUCAAUAACCAGCUGUUCGCUCAGCUCCUCUCACAGUCGGUCAACCAAGGUUUUGAAGUGGUGUACGAACUUACCAAAAUGUGCACUAUACGGAUGAGCUUUGUGAAGGGUUGGGGAGCAGAAUAUCACCGCCAAGACGUCACAAGCACUCCAUGCUGGAUUGAGAUCCAUCUUCACGGCCCCUUGCAAUGGCUGGACAAGGUUCUGACUCAGAUGGGCUCCCCCCAUAAUCCCAUCUCUUCUGUAUCAUAAUACAAGUAUCUGAGUGCUAUUGCAGGCAGUGGCUUAAAGAAUAUCUUUCUUUUUUUAAGAAUUAUUUGUAAUGUACAUACUUAUAUUUCAGUCUAUGUACUGUGGCUUUUUCUGUGGAACAUAAAGAAAACAAGCGCUGAUGUAUGUUGUAUGAUUUGAUAUAGUCUACCGACAUGUUUCUGUUAAAAAAGCACUUCACCGGUAUCUCACUUUAUUUCUACGUUGUCUCUUAUAGAAACUAUUCAGACUUGAUGCACUUAAACACGGUACACCAUUCAAUGAUUUUAUGAAUUUUAUUUCUUAUUUUUUUAUAUAAAUAUGUUAUUUGUUGAUGACGUCACUCAGAUUUGGUUUAAGAAUUAUUAAUUUUAUAUUUGCGUCUUGUGAAUUAGGAGAUUAAAACAAAUAUUUUAGCAAAUUUGCAUUUCUUGUAGC